CUCUUCUGAUUCUUUGUGUCUGUUCCUCGUGCUUGCUAGCACUGGCCAGCACCGGUCCAUGCGUUGUUUUUGUAGGUUAAGUUAAUGUUGCUCGGUACAUUCGUCAUAUUGUGUAUUAUUUCAAUUAGUACCGUAAUUUAAUCAUACGAAUAAUCGCAACAUGGUCGUUUUCACUUGUAACCACUGUGGUGAUUCGUUGAAAAAACCCAAAGUAGCUAUACAUUAUCAAAUGAUCUGUCGAAAUGUGCCCUUCGUAACCUGCGUGGAUUGCCUGAAGGACUUUCGAAACGACGAGUAUGUCGCCCACACUAAAUGCAUAACUGAAGCUGAAAGGUAUGGUGCUAAAGAUUAUGUUCCAAAGCCCAAUGCAAAUAAGGGCGAGCGUAAGCAACAAGAAUGGAUUAACGUUGUUAAUGAUUUGCUGAACGGGACGGUGGAACUGUCCAGGGCCGAGCGGAAUUUUCUCAAUCUUUUAUCGAAAUACGAGAAUAUACCAAGGAAGAAGGCUAAAUUUCUUAAUUUUGUGCACAAUGCAUUAGGCAAUCGUGCAAAUGCGUCGAUUGUGGACAGCGUUUGGGAUAAAAUGGAAAAUGCGCACAAGCAGAAUCAACAAGUGGCUCCACAAAAAAAUACUACACAAAGUCAGGAACAGAACAAAGAUGAUACAACAUGUAUUGGAAAUGUAAAUUCUAAUAGCACGUUUGAUAAUCAGAACAUUGCUGAGAAUCAAAAUAAUGAAAAUAUAUGUAGAGAAAAUGAUUCUGCAAAUCAUGAAAAUGGAAUUGACAAAGUAUGCGAGAUGAGCAAUGGUCAUUUAUCUGAAAAACAAAGUAAAGCUAAAAAACGUCAGUUAGAACCAACGAGCACUCAAUUACCAGAGGAAAAUCAAACUGCUGCGAAGAUUCCAAAGCAAUCCGUUUCGGAUGCAAGCGAUAAUAGUAACGUAGCUUCAUUCUGUUGGAAGAAGACUAUUUUAGAAAUUUUACAAGCCAAGGGUGAAAUGUCUUUAAAAAAAUUGCGAGAUAAGGCUAUGAAAAAAUGUAUAUGUUAUAUUUUUAGCUUGAAUGACAAUACCUUCAAACUGACUGAAUAUGAAAAAGCUAUUGCAAAGUUUAACAAAACACUGGAAAAGCUGAAAAAAUCGUCUGUAAUAUGUAUUUCAGAAAAUAAAGUACAAUUACCUUAGCCAAAUAAAUCAAUGUGUCACGUUUAAAAACGAAAUCAUCAGAAAUUGUAAAAUAGAUGCUAUAAACA